AUGCUCCACCGUGGACAGACCAGGGUGCUCCUGCUCAAUAACAUGGAGAGACUGGAGAAGACUCUGUUUCGCCUGGAGCAAGGCUUUGAGCUCCAGUUCCGACUAGGUCCAACUUUGCAGGGGAAGAAUGUGCGUGUCCACACCAAUUACCCUGCACCACAGCAAAAAUUCAACAGGUGUGAGUUUCAUGUCCUGGAGUGGAUCAACCCCAGUGGGAAGGAGGAUGAUUCGGACAAGUAUUGCAAACUGGACCUUGAGAUAGCUGGCUCCUACCAGUAUUACUUCGGGUGUGGGGCUGAGGAGAAAACGGGGGGUGGCUAUUUUGUUGUGGACCCAGUGCUACGAGUGGGCCAUGAAAAAAAGGUGCUCCCUUUGGACAGCAUCACCUCCCAGACGUACCUGGCUAAGUGCCUUGGGCCACUGGAUGACUGGCUAGACCGGCUCAGAGUGGCCAAGGAAACAGGGUACAAUAUGAUCCACUUGACGCCAUUGCAGAAGUUGGGUGAGUCACGUUCCUGCUACUCGAUUGCUGACCAGCUGGAGCUGAACCCAGAUUUCUCCCCUCCGGGAAAGAAUUACACAUGGAUGGAUGUGGGAAACCUGACCGAGAAGAUCAUGAAAGAGUGGAACAUGGUUUGCAUCACAGAUGUCGUGUACAACCAUACAGCAGUUAAUAGUAAAUGGCUCAAACUCCAUCCUGAGUGUAGCUACAACCUGGCAAAUUCACCGCACUUAAAGCCAGCCUGGAUACUGGAUCGAGCUCUUUGGCAUUUCAGCUGUGACGUUGCCAAUGGAAAAUACAGUGACCGAGGCCUACCAGCUCGAGUUGAAGAUGAGAAGCAGCUCAAUACACUCCGUAAACUCCUGUGGCAGGAGGUUUUUGCUCAGCUGAAGCUCUGGGAGUUUCUCCAGGUGAAUGUGGAAAGAGCCGUGGAGCAGUUUUAUAAACUUCUGCAGGCCAAUUGUAAACAGCCUGGGACAGAAAUAGAGAAGAGACAGAAGCUGGAGAUCAUACAGGAUCCGCAGUUCAAACGCUUUGGCAGCACAGUGGACAUGAAAGUGGCACUGGACAUGUUUGGCAGGCACACAAACGGCCUGUCAGCAAUGCAAGUGUGCUGUGAUGUGUUCAAGAAGAGUUUGGAGGAGUUGAAUAUGGAGUGCUAUAAGGAAAUGCACAACCAUCAUGAGAAGGCUGUCAACUGCAUAGUGGAGACUAUGAGAUAUGAGCGUCUUGCUGCAAAUGGUCCCAAACUUGGUUUGGUGACCAAGAAACAUCCUUUGGUGCUGAGAUAUUUCACCUUCCCAUUUGAGGACAUGUCAAUGGAGAAGGAAGAAAUGCUGCUCCAGAAUGCAGAUGAUGCAUGUCACCUCCAAGCUCACAACGGAUGGGUGAUGGCAGAUGAUCCUCUCAGGAACUUUGCAGAACCAGGCUCUAAUGUCUACUUGCGGAGAGAACUAGUCUGCUGGGAUGACAGCGUGAAGCUCCGUUAUGGCAAUAAGCCUGAGGACUGUCCUUAUCUGUGGGAACACAUGAAGAAGUACACCGAGAUAACGGCCAAACACUUCUGUGGUGUACGGUUGGACAAUUGCCAUUCAACACCUCUACAUGUGGCUGAGGCAAUGUUAGCUGCUGCCAGGGCAGUCAGGCCCAAUCUAUAUGUGAUCGCUGAGCUCUUUACAGGCAGUGACCAGCUCGACAAUACUUUUGUUAACCGUCUGGGGAUUACGAGUCUCAUCAGAGAGGCAAUGAGCGCUGGGGACAGUCAUGAGGAAGGCAGGCUGGUGUAUCGAUUUGGUGGAGAACCUGUUGGUUCCUUCAUCCAGCCCAAACUAAGGCCUUUGGUUCCAGGCAUAGCGCAUGCUAUGUUCCUUGAUGUUAGUCAUGACAAUGAGUGUCCUGUCAAGGUCCGAUCUGUGUAUGACUGCCUCCCUAGCUCUGCAAUUGUGUCUAUGGCGUGUUGUGCCACAGGCAGUACUCGAGGAUAUGAUGAGCUGGUUCCUCAUCAGAUAUCUGUGAUCUCAGAGGAGCGGCUGUACCCCAGAUGGAACUCUGAUGCCCUGCCUUCAUCUCCUGGGGAGGUGAACCUCCAGUCAGGCAUCCUGGCAGGGAAGCUGGCACUCAACAGGCUUCACCAUGAGAUGGCUGAGAAGGGUUUCACACAGGUCUAUGUAGACCAGCUGGAUGAAGACAUUGUCGCUGUAACCAGGCAUUGUCCAAGCACACACCAAUCUGUGGUGACUGUGUCUCGAACAGCUUUUAAAAACCCCAAAACAUACCACUACAGGGAAGGAGUGUCUCCUAUGUUCAUACCAGGCCAGAUAAAUGAAGUGAUCCUGGAGGCACGUACAGUGGAGAGAGACACUGACCCCUAUGUGAAAGACAAGAAGUGCAUAAACGGCUUGCCUGAGUACACGGUGGAGCUCAAGGAACAACUCCAGCUUAAAGACAGCCAAGUUGUGAAACAAGGAGAUGCUACAACAAAUUGUAGCAAUGACUUUGUACAGGAGGUCAUGUUUGAUCAUCUCACUCCAGGCAGCGUGAUUGCUUUCAGGGUGAGUCUGGACCCCAAAUCUCGGGACUUGGUGGGUUUCCUGCGUACUCAGCUCUAUCAGUUUAAUCGCCUGUACAAAUUGGGCAGUCUGACCGACCCAGAUGUUCCUGGCAUCCUGAAAAAUCCCCUGGAAUUCCUCAUCUCCAAACUGUCCUUGGCUGAGCUGAAUGUCUUGCUGUUCCGCUGCAAUGGCGAGGAGAGGGAAGACGGUGGAGGAUGCUACAAUAUCCCAUCUUGGAGGUCUCUCAAGUAUGCAGGCCUUCAAGGGUUCAUAUCAGUACUUUCUGAAAUUCGGCCCAAGAAUGACCUCGGCCACCCCUUUUGCAACAACCUGAGGGAAGGCGACUGGAUGCUCGAUUACAUUAGUUCUCGUCUCAUGAAUAAAGGCGGCGCUUUAAGUGAGGUGGGGAAAUGGUUCCAUGCCGUAUUUGUUUACCUAAAGGGAAUCCCACGCUAUCUCAUUCCAUGUUACUUUGAUGCCAUCAUUGCUGGGGCAUACACUACAGCUGUGAAUGUUGUUUUCAACAAGAUGUCAAGCUUUGUGCAGGUUGGUUCAACCCUAGUGAAACAGUUGGCAUUGGGCUCAGUGCAGAUGUGUGGUGUGGGCCCUGUGCCUGCUCUCCCUGCUCUUUCUCCUACCCUGCAAGAUGUCCCAUGUCGCCUUAACGCCAUCACCAAACAGAAUGAGCAGUGCUGUGUGUCACUUGCUGCAGGCUUGCCUCAUUUCUCAUCUGGAAUUUUCCGCUGCUGGGGCCGAGACACGUUCAUAGCCCUUCGUGGCCUCAUGCUGGCCACUGGGAGACAUGUAGAGGCAAGGAACAUUAUCCUGGCCUUUGCUGGUACUCUGAGACAUGGCCUGAUCCCCAACUUGCUUGGUGAGGGCAUAAAGGCUCGCUACAACUGUCGGGAUGCUGUGUGGUGGUGGCUGCAGUGCAUCCAGGACUACUGCGCUAUAGUCCCCAAUGGCUUAGAGAUCUUGUCCUGCCCUGUAUCACGCAUGUACCCUACAGAUGAGUCUGAACCCCAGCCUGCAGGCACUGUGGACCAGCCUCUGUAUGAUGUCAUCCAGGAGGCAAUGGAGCGCCACACACAAGGCAUUGAAUUCAGAGAGCGGAAUGCCGGGCCACAGAUUGACUGUAACAUGAGAGAUGAAGGAUUUAAUGUUCAUGCAAAAGUCGACCCAGAAACAGGCUUUGUAUAUGGGGGAAAUCGAUUCAACUGUGGGACGUGGAUGGACAAAAUGGGUGAGAACAACAAAGCAGGGAAUCAUGGGAUACCAGCAACACCCAGAGAUGGCUCUGCAGUGGAGAUUGUGGGUCUUUGCAAGUCCACCGUGCGCUGGUUGACCCGUUUGAAUCAAAGUGGUCACUUCCUUUACUCUUCUGUCAGUAUCCAGAGAGAUGGUGAAACUUGCACUAUGUUGUACGAGGAGUGGAACCGCAGGAUCCAGGAUAACUUUGAGAAGAUGUUCUAUGUGUCACCUGAUCCAAAGGAAAAACAUGAAAAACAUCCAGAGCUAGUGCACAAAAGAGGCAUUUACAAAGACACCUAUGGUGCCUCCAGUCCCUGGUGUGACUAUCAGCUACGGCCUAAUUUCACCAUUGCCAUGGUGGUGGCUCCUGAACUGUUUACACUGGAUAGAGCAUGGAAAGCUUUAGAAAUUGCUGAAAAGAAACUACUUGGGCCUCUGGGAAUGAAGACUUUAGAUCCAGAUGACAUGGUUUACUGUGGCGUCUAUGACAACGCUCUGGACAACGACAACUACAACAUCGCUAAAGGCUUCAAUUACCACCAAGGACCUGAGUGGCUUUGGCUGGUCAGUUACUUCCUAAGAGCCAAACUGUAUUUUGCCAAGCAGAUGGGCCAGGAAGUAUACAACCAGACUAUGAUUCUAGUCAAAAACGUUCUCUCCAGGCAUAACACCCACUUGGAAAGGUCUCCUUGGAAAGGUUUACCUGAACUGACCAAUGAGAACGGACAACACUGCCCUUUCAGUUGUGAGACACAAGCCUGGUCCAUUGGAACAAUUCUGGAAGUUCUGUAUGACCUUUGGGAUCCUAAGGACGUGUAGAUUUGCCC